AUGGAGGUGGACACAGAAGAGAAGCGCCAUCGCACACGCUCCAAAGGAGUUCGAGUUCCCGUGGAACCAGCCAUACAAGAGCUGUUCAGCUGUCCCACGCCCGGCUGCGACGGCAGUGGUCAUGUUAGUGGCAAAUAUGCAAGACACAGAAGUGUGUAUGGUUGUCCCUUGGCUAAAAAAAGGAAAACGCAGGAUAAACAGCCCCAAGAGCCCGCCCCCAAGCGCAAGCCCUUCCCGGUGAAAGCAGACAGCUCCUCGGUGGACGACUGCUAUGACAGUGACGGCACCGAGGACAUGGACGAGAAGGAGGAAGACGAGGAGGAUGACUACUCGGAGGAAAACGACGAGCAGGGCGAGGAGGAGGAGGAGGAGGAAGACGGGGACCGGGAGGAUGAGGAGGAGGCCGAGGAGGAGGAGGAGGAGGACGAGGAGGAUGGAGAAGACAUGGAGGACGAGGAUGAGGAAGAGGACGAGGACGAGGAGGAGGAGGAGAACGAAGACCAUCAAAUGGAUUGUCACAAUGCUCGGAUAAUGCAGGACACAGAGCAGGAUGACAACAAUAACGAUGAAUAUGACAAUUAUGAUGAGCUGGUGGCCAAGUCCUUGCUAAACCUCGGCAAAAUUGCUGAGGACGCAGCCUACAGGGCCAGGACUGAGUCGGAAAUGAACAGCAAUACCUCCAACAGCCUGGAAGACGACAGUGACAAAAACGAAAACUUGGGUCGCAAAAGCGAGCUCAGUUUAGACUUAGACAGCGACGUGGUCAGAGAAACAGUGGACUCCCUUAAGCUGCUAGCACAGGGACACGGCGUCGUGCUCUCAGACAGCAUCAACGACAGAAGCUUCACAGACGGCAUGUCACAGCAGGACAGUCGGAGCGUGAACUAUGUCAUGCUGGGGAAGCCCGUGAACAACGGGCUCGUAGAGAAAAGGGUGGAGGAGAGCGAUGAGGAGGUGUGCCUGAGCAGCCUGGAGUGUCUGAGGAACCAGUGCUUCGACCUGGCCAGGAAGCUCAGCGAGACCACCCCGCAGGAGCGGAACCCGCAGCAGACCCUGAGCGGGCGCCAGCACGCCAGACAAGAGGACGACUUCCCGGGCAGGACACCGGACAGGAACUACUCAGACAUGAUGAACCUCAUGAGGCUGGAAGAGCAGCUGAGUCCCCGGCCCAGAACGUUUUCUAGUUGUGCAAAGGAGGACGGGUGUCACGAGCGAGAUGACGACACCACCUCCGUCAACUCGGACAGGUCCGAGGAGGUGUUUGACAUGACCAAAGGGAACCUGACUCUUCUCGAGAAAGCCAUCGCCCUGGAAACGGAAAGAGCAAAGGCCAUGCGGGAGAAGAUGGCCAUGGAAGCGGGCAGGAGAGACAACAUGAGAUCCUACGAGGACCAGUCCCCAAGGCAGCUUCCCGGGGAGGACAGGAAGCCCAAGUCCAGCGACAGUCAUGUCAAAAAGCCAUACUAUGGUAAAGAUCCCUCAAGAACAGAAAAGAAAGAAAGCAAGUGUCCAACCCCCGGGUGUGAUGGAACCGGCCAUGUAACUGGGCUUUAUCCGCAUCACCGCAGUCUGUCCGGAUGCCCGCACAAAGAUAGGGUCCCUCCAGAAAUUCUCGCCAUGCAUGAGAAUGUGCUCAAGUGCCCCACACCAGGCUGCACGGGGCGUGGGCACGUGAACAGCAACAGGAACUCUCACCGAAGCCUUUCCGGAUGCCCUAUUGCUGCAGCAGAGAAACUGGCAAAAGCCCAAGAAAAGCACCAGAGCUGUGAUGUGUCCAAAUCCAGCCAGGCCUCGGACCGAGUCCUAAGGCCAAUGUGCUUCGUAAAGCAGCUCGAGAUUCCUCAGUAUGGCUACAGAAACAACGUGCCCACCACCACGCCACGCUCCAACCUGGCCAAGGAGCUCGAGAAGUAUUCCAAGACCUCGUUUGAGUACAACAGUUACGACAACCAUACUUAUGGCAAGCGAGCCAUAGCUCCCAAGGUGCAAACCAGGGAUAUGUCCCCCAAAGGAUAUGACGAUGCGAAGCGCUACUGCAAGAACCCGAGCCCCAGCAGCAGCACCACGAGCAGCUACGCGCCCAGCAGCAGCAGCAACCUGAGCUGCGGCGGCGGCAGCAGCGCCAGCAGCACCUGCAGCAAGAGCAGCUUCGACUACACGCACGACGUGGAAGCGGCGCACAUGGCGGCCACGGCCAUCCUCAACCUGUCCACGCGCUGCCGCGAGAUGCCGCAGAACCUGUCCACCAAGCCGCAGGACCUGUGCGCCGCGCGGAACCCUGACAUGGAGGUUGACGAGAACGGGACCCUGGACCUCAGCAUGAAUAAGCAGAGGCCGCGAGACAGCUGCUGCCCCGUGUUGACCCCCCUGGAGCCCAUGUCCCCCCAGCAGCAGGCGGUGAUGAACAGCCGGUGUUUCCAGCUGAGUGAGGGGGAUUGCUGGGACUUGCCAGUAGACUACACCAAAAUGAAACCCCGGAGAAUAGACGAGGAUGACUCCAAAGAGAUCACUCCAGAAGACUUGGACCCGUUCCAGGAGGCUCUAGAAGAGAGAAGGUAUCCUGGGGAGGUGACCAUCCCAAGUCCCAAACCCAAGUACCCUCAGUGCAAGGAGAGCAAAAAGGAUUUAAUAACUCUUUCUGGCUGCCCGCUGGCUGACAAAAGCAUCCGAAGUAUGCUGGCCACCAGCUCACAAGAACUCAAGUGCCCCACGCCUGGCUGUGACGGUUCUGGACACAUCACGGGCAAUUAUGCUUCUCAUCGAAGCCUUUCAGGUUGCCCGCGAGCAAAGAAGAGUGGCAUCAGGAUAGCGCAGAGCAAAGAAGACAAGGAAGACCAGGAGCCCAUCAGGUGUCCAGUCCCUGGCUGUGAUGGUCAGGGCCACAUCACCGGGAAGUAUGCCUCUCACCGCAGCGCGUCGGGAUGUCCCUUAGCAGCCAAGAGGCAGAAGGACGGGUACCUCAAUGGCUCCCAGUUCUCCUGGAAGUCGGUCAAGACGGAAGGCAUGUCCUGCCCCACACCGGGAUGCGACGGGUCUGGACACGUCAGCGGCAGCUUCCUGACGCAUCGCAGCUUGUCGGGAUGCCCGCGAGCCACGUCAGCGAUGAAGAAAGCAAAGCUGUCCGGAGAGCAGAUGCUGACCAUCAAGCAGCGGGCCAGCAACGGUAUAGAAAACGAUGAGGAAAUCAAGCAGUUAGAUGAAGAAAUCAAGGAACUAAACGAGUCCAAUUCCCAGAUGGAGGCUGAUAUGAUCAAGCUCAGAACUCAGAUCACCACGAUGGAGACCAACCUGAAGACCAUCGAGGAGGAGAACAAAGUGAUCGAGCAGCAGAACGAGUCUCUUCUGCACGAGCUGGCCAACCUGAGCCAGUCCCUGAUCCACAGCCUGGCCAACAUCCAGCUGCCACACAUGGAUCCAAUCAAUGAACAAAAUUUUGAUGCUUACGUGACUACUUUGACGGAAAUGUAUACAAAUCAAGACCGUUAUCAGAGUCCAGAAAAUAAAGCCCUACUGGAAAAUAUAAAGCAGGCUGUGAGAGGAAUUCAGGUCUGA